CACAUAAGGUAAUAAACUAAGUGAAUUGUAAUAUCUGUAAACAAUUUUACUUUGAAUUAAUAUUCUUUCUUUCUUUCUCUUGUCUCUUAGUAUUUAUUAUGUUGUUAUAUUCCGUGACGUUGACCUGAGUCAGCCACACAUAAAUAUAUGUGAGCAAAUGAGCGUAUCUUUAUUCUUGAAUUAUAUCGAUUUCAAGAGUAUGAACGAAGAUCAUACCAAUAAAAAAAGAGUAGGGAAGAAAAGGAAUUAUCAACCAUAAAAAUGACCGAUUACAUAGAAGAAUAUCUUGCUAACAGUUUACAUCACAGUCACAUCAUGGAAGAAACCAAUAUUUCACUUUUUUCACUUGUUACUGAAGAUGGCGUACCAAUUAGAAAAUUAUUUAUCAGCAACUUAGCAGAGAGGACAUCGUUUAAAGAUCUUAUAAAAUUAUUUUCCAAGUAUGGAAAUGUUGAAAGUUGCUUCUUACGAAGAAAUCAAGGAAACAGUAACUACGCAUUCAUUACGUUUAACAGCGUAGAAGCAGCCGCAAGUGCUAGAUAUGAUGAAGGAAUAAGAUUACACAACAGAGAUUUAAGAGUCUUGGCAGCUGAUUCAUGGCAUCAACCAGAUAGCAUAGAAAAUCAAUGUUACAACAUAAAAGAUAAAUCAAAAUCUAACAAAAUAUCAAAUGACAUUGCACAUAACUUUGAUUGCAUACAAGAUGGCAUUACAGAUACUAAUAUUCAAACAUUAAAUGAUGAUUGUUUAAUACACAUUUUUCUUCAAUUGCCAAUUAUAGAUAGAAUUAGAAUAGAAAGAGUGUGCAAAAGAUGGAAAGCAUUAAGUCAAGAGUCCUGGAGUAGUGUGAAAAGACUGGAUUUAUCCAUGUGGAGCUUAUCUGGCUUAAAUGGAAGAGAAAUUAGUAUAUGUACCGUUCGCAAAGUAUUACUGCGAUGUGGUCCAUAUUUAAACGAAAUUAAUCUGUCCAUAGUACCAUAUCCUUUACGUCAGAGUACAGCAACUAUUGUUGCGAAACUGUGCCCUAACUUACAAAAAAUAGAUAUUACUGGUGUUGUUGUUUCUGCAUCUGGUAUCAAUUCAUUAAUCGAUAAUUGUCACAACAUUACAAAAUUUAGUCUUGGUUCUACCACCUACAUUUGUGAUAUAGAUCUACAAAAAUUAUUUAAAGUGAAUCCAAAGUUACGAUAUUUUAAAGCGUAUAGCAGUAAAAUAAGCGGGCGGUGUUUACUGUAUUUGCCAUUACAAACAAUGGAAGAAAUUGUCUUAGAAUAUUGUACCUGUCUUCAAGAACAUUCGUUAACACAAGCAUUUUCGAAAUUAGGAAACUUGAAAUCACUUACGACGAAUAGAUGUAUUGACGUAUCUGGUAACGUUAUCCAGACUAUCGGUAAAAAUUGUACAAAUUUAAAAACAUUAGAGGUCUCCUAUAUUUCGUUUUUAUUACAUCCGAACGACAUGUUACAUAUUGCGCAAUUGACUAAUCUUGAAGUGCUGAAAAUCAGUAUGAAUGCGUUAGUCACAGACGAAUUUUGUACUAAUUUGGCAUCAACAUGCCUGCGACUCAAAUAUCUAGACAUUUCUGAAUGUUUGCUCGUUACAAAUAUUAGUAUAGCUGCUGUAACAGCUUUACCCAAAUUAGAAGUAUUAAUAAUCAACUACUUAGAAUUAGUAACCGAUAUAAAUUUACAAGAUACGUGCAACAUAAAACAGCUAGAGUGUCGGGCUUGCAAAUUUAUAGAUAAAACAAUGAUUAAUUUUCUUGAAUACGCGCCACAGUUGGAAUUACUAGAUCUAUCAGGAUGUCGGGGUAUUACGAAUGAAACGCUAAAAGAAGCUGCCACGGUUACGGUUAAUCGAACUAACAAUACCAUUUUGAAAAUAUUUGUCGGCGGAACUUCAGUAGAUCUUAGUACAUUUGAUAAGAUAUUACCGUUUCUGCAAAUAGUAAAUAUAGAUCUAUCUAAUAGAGAACUCUAAGUAGAGGUAGAGAACUCUACUUUAAUCUAAAUCAAAAUACUGUGUAUUAUAGCGACAUGCUCAAAUUAAUGUUAAUAAAAACGAAAUUUAUUACUUUGUAUUUAGUGAGACAAAUUAAUAUUUUCAUAAAUAUACGUAGUGUAUAUUUUAUUUCUAAUAUUCGGAUUUCAAUGCAUAAAGAGUAUGCUUCAAUGUAGGAUAAAUUUAUUCUUUGAAUAAUUACAACAUUUAGACAGUGAAUCGAUACAGCGGCAAUUAUUAUGCACAAAUUUGCAACAAGGAAUAUCCAUAUAUUUUUAGUAAGUGCCAGAAGUAAUUAUCCUUUUGACAAUUAAAAUUCGCUGUUUGGUGAACAGAAUCAUUUUAUGGUUGUAUGUUAAUAAUAUCUUACAUAAUUUUCUUAACAGGAUUUAUCGAAAAAUGUUUCUUUCUGUUUACGAUAUAUCACGAAAUAUAGUAAAUAGGAUUACGCACAUUGUUAUAGGACAUAUAAACAUAAUAUGAAAGAUCAGUUCUUGAGCGUCUUACGCUUAGGCACAUAAGUGGAUAUUCCCACUGUGCUUGCAAACAUCACAAUACGCUCGUAGUACACUCCGAUAUUUUUUUAAGCCAAAUCGGAAAAAGGCUAACACCUAAACUGGCAAUCGCACAUGUAAAAAAGUAAUGGCUAAGCAAACAUGAAUAUCUAUGGGGUUGAUAUACUAUAACUAGAACCUCCAUACAUAUAUAUAACGGAUCUUUCUCAUUAUUCUCAAUUAAUAAUUUCAUUACGACACUUUCGAUAGGAAACAGAAAUCGUAACGUAUAACGUUUACAUACAAUAGAAUAAGAAUGCUUAUAAUAUUGUUAUACUAUGUACAUAUAGACAUUUUUUAUCGGCACAUUACAAUGAUAAGCAACUAUGUCUACUGGAUUGUACAAUAUUAAACAUCUGUCUAUUAUUACGGACCAAAUAUUGUUCGACUAAGAGAAACAACUGAUUAUUUGUAACAAAAAAGAAUUAUUGAUUUCUACGUUUGUAGUAUUUUGAUUGAACGCUUUGUUUGAAUAAAGGUUCAAGAAAUUUCAACCUU